AUGACGCACGGGUUCUUACUCGCGAUGGGCGGCUUUCGCCAUCAUCUUAGCGUCGAGGAACUCCAAGAGAUUUGUGACCAGCUAGAUCGCCAAUACGUUCCUUCUACUGGCCCUCACAGAGAGGAUCCCAAUGUUCUACAUCUUUCUACAAUGAAGGUCCUCAUAGCUGCAAAGAAAAUUCAAUUUCCGAGGUUGACUCAAGCUGACAUUGAAGACAAGAGCAAAGCCGACGGACUCACGAAAGCUAUCGCCAUCCUCCAGACCACAUGGUUCCUGGCGCAGUGCGUCGCUCGCAUAACAAAGCAGCUCCAACUAGCAGAGGUCGAGGUGGUCACUUUAGCGCUCGCCAGUCUCAAUGCCGUGGUCUACAUCCUUUGGUGGGAGAAACCAAUGGAUGUCCGGCGACCCUUCUAUAUCUAUCCCGAUGGCGCUGUCGGGCUUCCUCCCCUCAGAGAGGCCACUCCCGGGACUGUUACCGAAUACUCUCCCAUUUCGACUGCACCUCGCAUGCCUCAAACGACGAAUGUAAUGCGGAUCUGGAAAAGCAUAGUUUCGAUUCCCCGAAGCGGGGUCUGGAGACAAAUAGUGGCGGGCAUUGUCUUGGUAGUAAGACCACUAGCCUCAGAUGAGAUGUCCCCUAUUGUCGAACUCCUCACGCGACAAGGAGACUAUAGAACGGGAUAUAUCAGACGGAAGGGCGAACAUGAAGGCAGACCCUAUCUCCUGAUUGCUUUCGAGAUGUUUGGAGGGCUUCACUGCAUUCCGUGGAAUUAUCCUUUCCAAGCAGAGUUUCUCCAGCUCGUGUGGAGGAUGAUGUCGAUCAUCCUCAUCGUCAAUCCAGCGUUGACUGCUGUCUCACUGUUGGCAUUCAUACUAUGCCCUGUAAGACCAGGAGAGAUACUCGCUGAGCGGUGCUUCUUCCGCAACAUCCUUCUCUCUGUUGCCACAAAGACCCUACAAUUUUCAAUGGCAUCUUAUAUCAUAGCGCGCGCAGAGCUCUUUGUCGUGGUGAUUUUCCUCAUGCUAUACUUGCCUGAUUCAGCCUUUCUUGCUGUCGAGUGGAUGCAUUUCCUCCCUCACAUUUAG